AUGGAUGCCUUGUUAAGUCCAACGCGACUAUUGACACUGUCGCCAGACAACGACCUUGCUCAGGAUGUUGUGGCUAAGUGUGCUUCAAUUAUCAUGGCCGACUCCGACAGCCAUAAACAUCACCGCCAGUUCCUCGAGAGUAUUGAAAGCGAAGCAAAUACGGACGCCGAGGAGAUAGCAGCGGUUCCCCUGGGAUCUGCAAUAGGUCAGAUUCCCAUAUCUGGCGCUAAUAAAGAACGGCACCGCUUUGUUCUCGACCUCUCCCAAGAACGGACUGGGCCGUUCCGCAGCUGGGUCAUCGGGCGCGGGUCGAGCAAGCUAAAGGAUAGAAACGUCGACAUCCUCGUCAAAGCCAGCAAAGCAAUACUCCCGGCGCCGGUGGUGGCUCUGAUCUGGGUCGAAGGGCAGUCCGGGGCCUUCAUACUCAAGGCCGUGUCUCCAAACUGUCCCAUCCAGUACUUGUCUGGACUAGGUUCUGGUGGAGACUUGACCCUUCAACGGGGUGACCAGUGUGUGUUAUGGAUGAAGCGCAACCGAUUACGAUUCGGGCUUAGGCAACUCGAUUUCGUGCUUGACGUUGCCAUCGAACACGAAGCCCGCUAUACUGUCAAUCGCGCCCAGUAUUUUUCACAGGGAGACGGACUUCUGCCAAAUGUUCAUCUCGACGUGGUUCCGAAAGACGAGCACCAACGCACGAACAACUAUAUCAUCCACCGGAAGAUACUCGCAGCGGGCUCCUUCGGCCGCAUCAGUGUGGGCGUGAACGCUACUAAUGGGCUACCUGUCGCCAUCAAGGUAGCCCAUAGCAAGCGAUUGGCAGAUACCCAGGACCUGAAAAACGAGAUUCGUAUUGCCGGCUUACUGUCACCACACCCUAACAUCGUGCCUUUCUUAGAUACGUGGUGUAGCCACGGCGACUCGCCACCAUGCUCUGCUUAUCCUCUCGAUGAUUAUUAUAUGGCAAUGCCAUUGGCCGAACAAAGUUUCGAAAGCUUCUUCACUUCCUAUCGAGACACGCGAUUGCGCCUUAAACUCUUCCAAGACGUGACAAAGGGCCUGGCCCAUAUUCAUUCCCGCGGCGUUAUGCACCGGGAUAUUUCGCCUAAGAACUUGCUUGUCACGCUGGAAAGACCCGGUAUAAGCGCCUCGUCUUGGAUAGCUUUGAUUUGCGACUUUGGCAAGGCCAUCCAGGCUACUGGUCAUCACGCGACUGGAAUCGGACCUAUCCACACCGUGGCACCGGAGGUCUGGAACUUUCAGCCUGGAGUGCCGCGAGGCCAGGGCUACCAGUAUACCAGUGCGAUCGACGUGUGGUCCCUGGGCUAUGCUCAUCUUUAUAUCCUCCGGCAACCCAAGCCACUCGAGAAGACCGAUCGCAAGCGCCAUAGCAUGCUUAUGCAGAUUUUGGACGACCUCUGCACAGAAGACCACAUUGAGCAUGAUGAAAAGUCCCAUGUCCAAAACUUAUUGUCGAUGGAACCUGGGUUGAGACCGACAGCACAGGCGGCACUGGCGCAUCCUAUGUGGGAGACAUCAGAAUGGCCGGCGCCCCCGCGAUUGAGCCUAGGGAGUCAGCAAUCGCAAGAAAGUGAUGGCGCUAUAUUAGAUACGGAGCCUUUCUAA